AAGGUUUUUUUUUCACACUGGAACAGACGAAAUUGGGACUGGAGGAGAUAUCUAAUUUUCCCAUUUUUCUUUUGUAGUUUUCUGUUCAAUUUUUGUGCCUUGUCGUGCCCAGCGAGAGAACUCGUAGCGAAUAUGUUGGGAAAAUCGCUGAUUGCGUUGUGCGUCAUUUUGGGGGUCGCCUUGGCCGAACAAACGCCCGUCUUCCUAUGGGGAGCCAACAGUGCGUCACACCCUGCCCUGAGCACAGUGUCCCAAACUGAAUUCGCUGAUCAGCUGUCGACGUUGCUGGAAGAUCACAUGGUUGUGGCCUUUGAGGAAAAUGGCCUAAGCAACAAGGAUUUCCUUUGCUCAAGUGUCGAAGGUCAACAAUCGUGCUAUGCCCAGUUGAAGGGGGUCAGCCCAAAGACCUAUUACACCAGUGUGGAGAAUCCCACAGAGGCUCUGCGUUCGGUGGCCACCAAGAGAGAAUACAACACCAUCAAUGCCAGUGGCCAAUUGGUUAAACCUUUGAAAUGCUCGGCUGGCAAGGCAGUUACUAUAACCUUUGAUGAUGCCGAUGCUGAUGUGGAGACACGUGAAGCUAAAUUGGAGUCACAUGACGCUGCUAUUGCUGCCAUCACCAAGCAAUUGGAGUGCAAAGUGGCUUAUCUCUAUUUGGCUGCAGCCGGUACAUCUCCGCAACCAAAGCAAUUGAGCCGCUCGCGUCGUGAUACUGCUGCCACAGCGGACGGUAAUAUUUUCUUUGGUGGAAAUCAAUUUCAGAUUUUCUUCACGGAUGUCAAAUAUAACGGAGAAUCAAUUGGCCAACUCCCGGAAGGCAAAGCUGAAGUCCAAAAUGCCAGCACUACCCAAUUCUCUGUUACGAUUGAAACACAAAACGCACAGAAACCCAUUACAUUCGAUGUUACCCUUAGUGGCGGCUAUUAUAGCAUAAGCAAUGUGAAAUACGAUAAUGUUGUCUUCCGUAGUCCGGAUGUGAAUGCUCCCACUAGCUUCUCCUACACAUGCGCUAGCCUGGUCUUGGCUUCGGCUGCCACCAAUAAUCAAUACAACACCUUGAGUUUUACUUCCAUUCAACUCCAGGCUCCAUUCGACUCCAGCUACCAGACGCAAUUUGUAUUUGGUGAUUCCUGGGACUGCGUUGGAUUUGUCACACCCGGCAUUCUGAUGGGUCUGCUGGUAGUUGUCCUCCUGUUGGUCAUUGUCUUUGUUGGCGUCUGCUGGAUGAUGGAUAUCAAUACCAUGGAUCGUUUCGAUGAUCCUAAGGGCAAGACUAUUACAAUUAAUGCCAGCGCUGAUUAGUCUAAAACCCGCCCCCAUUCAAAACACAUUUUUAUUUUCCCUCCAAUGUUUGCUUUUUAUCCAUUCCUUAUUUUCCUAUACUCCCCCCUUAUUUAGCCAGGAAAUUAGAAAUUACACCGCAUAAUUUCCCUUUGCAAAAGUCAGUCCAAAUACUCAGCAUCAACAAAUAACAAAACCAAAAUUUGGAUCUGACCUUUGCCAAUGGAAAUUCUGUUUCGCUUGAACGACUUUUCUUUUAUUUUAUCAUUUAGCGUCAGUAUUUUUUGCAUAUGGAAAAGUUACGCACAGUUUGUUGUAAAUAGUUUGUAAGCGCGCGCGUGUGUGAGUGUGUUUGUAUGCCCGGAAAUUGUUCAAUCUUUAGAUAUAUAUAUAUAUAUAUAGCUCUUAUAUCUAAGUGUUCAACAGUUUCGUUAUUGUUUGCAUUAUUUAUGCCUUUGUAUGAUAAUUUAUCAUCAGCCAGAAAUUCCUGAAUUCGCCAGGCCUUUCGAUUACGAGAAAAAAAGAAACUACCUUAUAAAAUACAAUAAAGUUUUUCUUUUGUUACAAUUGUAUUUUCCGAAACAUAUGUAAAUUGUAAUAAAUUGUAAUACCAACCUAA